UCGCUUUCCUGCAGCACGAGCAACAGGAGUUGAACCUGGACCGCUUCACGGAGAAACAAUCUGCUCCAAAUUCAAACUGACAACACCUAUCCACUUCCGCUGACACAAUCUAGUGCCAAGUUACUGUCACUGUAGGGAUUAUUUCUGAGUUAUGACAAUGUUGGGUAUGUAUGUGCCAGACAGAUUUUCUUUGAAAUCGUCAAAGGUCCAGGAUGGAAUCGGUCUUUACACGGCGAGGCGGGUGAAAAAGGGAGAAAAGUUUGGCCCUUUUGCAGGUGAAAAAAAGCUGCCUAGUGAGCUGGAUGAAAGCUCGGACACCAGACUGAUGUGGGAGGUCCGUGGCAAUAAGGGAGAUGUGCUUUAUAUUCUGGAUGCUAGUAACCCACGCCAUGCCAACUGGUUGCGCUUUGUUCAUCAAGCUCCCUCGCAAGAGCAGAAAAACCUGGCAGCCAUUCAGGAUGGAGAGAAUAUCUUCUACCUGGCGGUGGAUGACAUUGAAACAGACACAGAGCUCCUGAUAGGCUACCUGGACAGUGAUAUGGAGGAGGAGGAAGAGGAAGAAGAGGAAGAAGUCAUCAAAGAUGAAGAUGAGAACAGCAAAGACGCCAAGCAUCUUGUUGAAAUGGAACUAGUGAUAAAGAAGGAGGACCAUCCUUGCUUGUUGUGCGAGAGCAGUUUUCCCAGUGAGGAGAUCCUUGCUGCCCACCUUCAGAGCCUGCACCAGAGGCCCAGCACUGAGGAGAAGGAGUUCAAAUGCAGGAACUGUGGCAAGAAGUUCCCUGUCAAACAGGCUCUGCAGCGCCAUGUUUUGCAUUGCUCUGAGUCGAUGGGUCCAGCAGGCGACUCAAAAGCACACCAGUGCUCCCUGUGCCACAACACAUUCAGCUCUGAAUCCAGUUUUGAACAGCAUAAAGAAGCUUGUAAAGGAGAUGCCAGAUUCAUCUGUAAAGCAGAGAGCUGUGGCAAAAGAUUCAAGAGCAAGGAUGCACUGAAGAAGCAUAAAGGAAAUGUUCACACAGGAAGUGCCCGGCGGAAACUCACAUGCACCAUAUGCAACAGAAAAUGCUCCUCUUCACUGAAUCUACAGGAACAUCGCAAGGUUCAUGAAAUAUUUGACUGCCAUGCAUGUGACAAGAAGUUUAUCUCUACUAAUCAGCUGAAACGCCAUAUGAUCACACACUCAGAGAAGCGACCAUAUACCUGUGAGAUCUGUAGUCGUUCAUUCAAGCGUCUGGACCAGGUGACAGCUCAUAAGAUCAUCCACAGUGAGGACAAGCCAUACAAAUGUAAGCUGUGCGGGAAAGAGUUUGCGCACCGCAAUGUCUACAAGAAUCAUAAGAAGACGCACUCGGAGGAGCGCCCGUUCCAGUGUGAGGAGUGCAAGGCCCUCUUCCGCACCCCCUUUUCUUUACAGCGUCACUUACUCAUCCACAAUAGUGAGAGGACAUUUAAGUGUGACCAGUGUGAUGCCACCUUCAAGAGGAAGGACACACUCAACGUACACAUCCAGGUGGUGCACGAUGGUCAUAAGAAGUAUAAGUGUGACCUGUGUGAGAAGGCCUUUGUCACUCCCUCCGUGCUCAAGAGUCAUAAGAAGACGCACACAGGGGAGAAAGAGAAGAUUUGCCCAUACUGUGGACAGAAGUUUGCCAGCAACGGCACGCUAAGGGUCCACAUCCGCAGCCAUACAGGUGAGCGUCCAUACCAGUGCCCCUACUGUGACAAAGCAUUCAGCAAGAACGAUGGUCUGAAGAUGCACAUCCGCACCCACACUCGUGAAAAGCCGUAUAAAUGCAGUGAAUGUAACAAGGCCUUUAGUCAGAAAAGAGGACUGGAUGAGCACAUGAGGACCCACACAGGAGAGAAACCUUUCCAGUGUGACGUGUGUGACCUGUCAUUCAGCUUGAAGAAGAUGCUUAGCAGGCAUAAACUCACACACAACCCCAACAGGCCCAUGGCAGAGUGCCAGCUGUGCCAUAAGAAGUUCACCAGGAACGACUACCUCAAAGUACAUAUGGAGAACGUCCACGGGGAAACGGAGGGCUAGAGUGUGCUAUGGAGGGACUGACUGAAAAAGAAAAGGAUCUCAUACUUCAUGCAGCUUGUACAGCCUGUACAUGUACAAAGAAAUAGGUAACAGUAUUAUACAUAUAUAUGGAAAACAUUAGCAGGAUCAUUACAAACUGGACAUCUAUCCUGUACAUAAUUAACUCUUGAGUCAUUCGUUUUAGAUACUGAUUUGGACAUGUGAACCAAAAAUUGCAGAUGUUGCUCAUCUGCCUCCAGAGCCCCCGUCACAAAAGCAUGAUAGAGAUGAAAUGUGUUAAAUUUCGGGGAUAGCACCUCUUAACAAAUACUCACCAAACGCUUCCUGUCUAACUACUUUUACAUACUGUAACAGCCUGACCUCUUUACUGUAGUUUUUACUGACAAACUGUCUGAAUAACUUACUGUACGUCUGUGGCCAGUGGCCAGCUGUCAAAGAAAACCUUCAAUCAAAGAUGCCCACCAAGCCCUUUCAACACACUUUUUUGUUCUACUCGUAGACCAUAUACAUGUUGACAACUUCCUGUUCCAUUUUUUAUACCAGUUCCUCGGUGUAAAGCGGUUUGUUUGAUUGACUCUUAGAAGCCCCAGAGCGUACUUCAGAGCCAGACUGGACCGUUCUUUAAAUUCAAAGUAAUGUUCGCACAGUACAUGGACAACAACACUCUCUGGAAGUAUUUAAAGCCCACUGACUGAAGAGGAUUUGAGUCACCAAGUGGUAUUAACCUAACCAGCUAUGUUAUCUGGCACGUCCCACAAAAAACAGCUUUUGUUUAUAGAAUAGCAAGAGAUAGAAGGUUUAUCAGGGUAAAUGUUUGAAUAAUAACUUCACCUUUUCAGCCAACAUUUGUCAGAUCUAGGGGUGUAAAUCUUAACACAGAUUCAAUUCGAAUUGUACAAUUCACUAGUUUGCAACUCGAUUUAAGAAUGUCACAUUUAAAAUUUUAAAUCCUAAUAAAACAUGCAAUUAUGCAAGAUUGUCCGUAUUCUUCUGAAAUGUGAAAAACAGAAAUACUUGAACAUUAUUUAUUAAAAAAAAAAGAAAAAAAAAAGAAAAAAAAAACAAA